UGCCGGAUAUCCGGCAACUAUCCGGUAUCCGGCCUAUCCGGCCGUUUUGUACUAUCCGGCCGGAUAGCCGGAUAUCAUUAGUAUCCGGCCGGAUAUCGGAUCCAAAUUUGAUAUUUAAAAUUGGCGUCAUUAUUAAUGCUGGAUUCGAGACGCAGAGUCCUCUAGGAACAAAGCUAAUCAUUUUUUAUCAGACUCUCUUUUGUACAAUCUUUUUAAACGUUUAUUUUCAAUAACGGUGAAGUAGAGAACCUCUAAAGAGAGAGAAUCACCAACUGGGGUCACGUGACCGAUUCUGUGAUUGGCUGACAUAACUGUAAAGAUUUUGCAUUGCGACGUCAAUUCAUUGGCCGGCACAAAUCACGCGGAACCAUCGAUGGUUCCUCGCGACGAAGCACAUCAACGCAUUGAUUCUAGAGAUUUUCUAGGUGAAAGGCAUUAGUGUUUUUCUAACCUAACUUACGAGAAGAUACAAUAGCAAAGUGAUUAGUGAAAAUUAUCGAUAAAUUUAUCUUCCACAUGGUGUAGAUGACCUGAAGAAUAUAUCGUUCAUUUUAUUGUUGCAUUUAAUUAUAAAAUAUAAUGGCACAAGGAAAAUCCAACGUAUGGAAAUUUUUUAAAAUAUGUAGUGAUGAUGAAAAAAAAGCAGAAUGUUCACUUUGCAAAGCGUCGCAAAAAAAAAUUAUGAGAGGAAAAACGCCUAAAUUAUUUUCUACAAAACCUUUAUGGAAUCACUUAAAAAGUAAACAUCCAUUGGCAAUAGAAAACAUGGAUGGAAAUACAGAUCCUGAAACUGAUCCACCAACUUUAAACUUAAACUCUUCAUCAUCAAUUUCACACUCAAAAUCUCAUCAGCCUACUUUACAAUCUUUAAUUAAGAAAAAAGAAAUGUGGUCUUUGGAUGAUCCAAAAGCCAUGAAUAUAACCAAAAAGAUCUGCGAAAUGAUGGCUCUUGAUGCUGAACCAUUCGCACUAGUUGAGCGAAAAGGCUUUCAAAGAUUAAUAAAAUAUUUGGCACCGCAGUAUCCAUUACCUUGUAGAACAUAUUUUUCUGAAAAAAUUAUGCCACGUUUGUAUGAAAAUUUGAAAACAUGUAUUAAAGAAAAAUUAAUUACUGCGAUAAAUAUAUCGUUCUCCACCGAUAUUUGGACUAGUCCAGCAAACAACGAGUCAUUUAUAAGCCUGACAGCUCAUUUCAUACGAAGUGAUGAUAUGCAUAGAGAAAUACUUGUACUCAGCGCGAAACACUUUCCUGAUAGUCAUACUGGUUUCAAUAUCGGUCAGAUAUUAAAUGAUGUGAUGGAAGAAUGGCAUAUAAGUUCUAGUCAAAUUCAUCUCAUUUUAAGGGAUAAUGCUUGUAACAUGAUUAUAGGAACUGAUAUGUUAGGAGAGAGUGUAGGAUGUUUUAUUCACACUUUACAACUCGUGAUUCAUGAUUGUAUUUUUAAAAAUCGAAAUUUUGUUGAAAUUUUGGGGAAAUGUCGAAAAAUUGUUGGACAUUUUAGCCAUUCUUCACUCGCCUGCUCGAAACUCAAAAACAUACAAGAAAAUUUGAAAUUGCCAAUUCAUAAGUUAAUCCAAGAUGUUACUACAAGAUGGAACUCAACAUUUUAUAUGUUGUCAAGACUUCAUGAACAACGACAAGCGGUAACUGCAUAUGCUGCGGAGAAAGAUAUACCAAGCCUUACGGCUAUGCAAUGGAAUAUGGUAGAAAACGUUAUACGUGUUCUCCAACCGUUUGAAGAAAUGACUAAAAUGGCCAGUUUAAAUUGUGAAACAAUUGGAUACGUUAUUCCAGCAAUUGUUACUCUACACUCGUAUCUUUCAAAACGACAAAAGGAUACUGGAGUAAUGAUGUUGAAAGAAGAUCUCAAAAAAGCGAUGGAAGAACGAUUUCUUAAUCCUAUAGGACUCAAUGUCAAAGAUCAAAAAUGUUUUGUACUCGCUACCGUAUUAGAUCCAAGGUUCAAAACAAAAUUUUGUCCAGACGAAAAUAAGGCCAAACAGUGGAUUAUUGAAGAAUUACUAGAAGUGAAUAAAAGAGUCACUAAUGAUACUGAAAACAAUACGCAGAGUCAUAACGUCAGCUCUCUUCAAGAACGAAAUGUCAUAAGCGAAACACACGAGGACAUUUGGAAGUGUUUCGACGACAUAGUAAAUAAUUCAAAAUCUGAUACUGAUAAUAGCAAUCUUGAUGAUUCAGAAAGCAUAUCGUUUGAAAGACAACCAAGUGAGAGAAGUAAAAAGAAAACUGCUGUCUACAAUGCUGAGUUAGCGAAAUACCUCGUGUUACCAUUGUCACCUAGAAAUGAGGAUCCUUUAAUAUGGUGGAAAAUACAUGCUUUGGAAUAUCCAAAUCUCAAAAUUUUGGUUAUAAAAUACUUGAGUGCUCCUCCUUCUUCUGUCAAUUCAGAAAGACUUUUUAGUGCAGGAAAGUUAGUUUAUUCUGAUAAUAGAAACAGAUUGUCACCGCAGAAUGCUGAAAUGUUAUUGUUCAUCAUGAAAAAUUUAUUAAUAUUAAACUACAAUUUUUGAAUGUUGAAACUAUGAUGUAAAUAAAAUAUAAAAUCAUAAAUAAAUCUGAUACUUUUC